GCGCGCGCUGGAGGCCAUGGCCGCCGCCGGCUGCUGAGAGGGGCUCGGCCCGCCGCCGCCGCCGCGGACGAUGAGGACCGCCCGGCCCGGCCCGCCGCCGCCGCCGCCGCCGCCGCCCCGCCGCACGCAGCCCGCCAGGCCCGGCGCGGAGGAGCCGCCGCUGUGAGCCGCGCCAUCCCCGGCCCGAGCCGGGCAGCUGCGGAGGGCGAGGGAGGCCGCAGCCCCAGGUCCGCUCCAAGAAAAAAAAAACAAACAAAAAAAAACCCCAAACCAAACCAAGCCAUGGCUGCACGGGAGAAGCUGGAGGCGGUGUUGAACGUGGCGCUGAGGGUGCCCAGCAUCAUGCUGCUGGACGUCCUGUACCGCUGGGACGUCAGCUCCUUCUUCCAGCAGAUCCAGCGGAGCAGCCUCAGCAACAACCCCCUGUUCCAGUACAAGUACCUGGCCCUCAACAUGCACUACGUAGGUUACAUCCUGAGCGUCGUCCUGCUCACCCUGCCCAGGCAGCACCUGGUCCAGCUUUAUCUGUACUUCUUGACCGCCCUGCUCCUCUACGCUGGACAUCAGAUCUCCAGGGACUAUGUUCGGAGUGAACUGGAGUCCGCCUAUGAAGGACCAAUGUACUUAGAACCUCUCUCCAUGAAUCGCUUUACCACAGCCUUAAUAGGGCAGCUGGUGGUCUGCACCCUGUGCUCCUGCGUCAUGAAGACGAAGCAGAUCUGGCUCUUCUCCGCGCACAUGCUCCCCCUGCUCGCCCGCCUCUGCCUGGUUCCCCUCGAGACCAUCGUCGUCAUCAACAAGUUCGCCAUGAUCUUCACCGGGCUGGAAGUUCUCUAUUUCCUCGGGUCCAACCUCCUGGUCCCGUACAACCUCGCCAAGUCCGCCUACAGAGAACUGGUCCAGGUGGUGGAGGUCUACGGCCUCCUGGCCUUGGGAAUGUCCCUGUGGAAUCAGCUGGUGGUCCCGGUUCUCUUCAUGGUUUUCUGGCUCGUCUUGUUCGCGCUGCAGAUCUACUCCUACUUCAGCACUCGGGACCAGCCUGCCUCACGCGAGAGGCUCAUUUUCCUCUUCCUGACCAGUAUCGCCGAGUGCUGCAGCACCCCCUACUCUCUCCUGGGCUUGGUCUUCACGGUUUCCUUCGUCGCCCUGGGUGUCCUGACGCUCUGCAAGUUUUACCUGCAGGGCUAUCGCGCCUUCAUGAAUGACCCUGCCAUGAAUCGGGGCAUGACGGAAGGAGUCACGCUGCUGAUCCUGGCGGUGCAGACGGGCCUGAUCGAGCUGCAGGUGGUGCACCGGGCCUUCCUCCUGAGCAUCAUCCUUUUCAUCGUCGUGGCGUCCAUCCUGCAGUCCAUGCUGGAGAUCGCCGACCCCAUCGUGCUGGCACUCGGCGCUUCCCGAGACAAGAGCCUGUGGAAGCACUUCCGGGCCGUGAGCCUCUGCCUGUUCCUGCUGGUGUUCCCCGCGUACAUGGCCUACAUGAUCUGCCAGUUCUUCCACAUGGACUUCUGGCUGCUCAUCAUCAUCUCCAGCAGCAUCCUCACCUCCCUGCAGGUUCUGGGAACACUUUUUAUUUAUGUUUUAUUUAUGGUUGAAGAAUUCAGAAAAGAGCCCGUGGAAAACAUGGAUGACGUCAUCUACUACGUGAACGGCACCUACCGCCUGCUGGAGUUCCUGGUGGCCCUGUGCGUGGUGGCCUACGGCGUCUCGGAGACCGUCUUCGGGGAGUGGACGGUCAUGGGCUCCAUGAUCAUCUUCAUCCAUUCCUACUACAACGUGUGGCUGCGGGCCCAGCUGGGCUGGAAGAGCUUCCUCCUCCGCAGAGACGCCGUGAACAAGAUCAAGUCGCUGCCCGUGGCCACGCGCGCACAGCUGGAAAAGCACAACGACAUCUGCGCCAUCUGCUACCAGGACAUGAAAUCUGCUGUGAUCACCCCGUGCAGCCAUUUCUUCCACGCGGGCUGUCUGAAGAAAUGGCUGUACGUCCAGGAGACCUGCCCUCUGUGCCACUGUCACCUCAAACACUCCUCACAGCCCCCAGGGGGAGGCACGGAGCCCGCCCCACUGCCUGCCCCUGCCGCUGAGCCGCCCGCCGCCGAGCCCCCACCCCAAGGGCACCCUCAGGGCCCGCAGCCAGGUGACGCUUCUCAGGAUAGCGGUGAGGGCAGAAGCCGGGCCCUGAGCCCGGGGGCCACGGGAGACCCCCAGGAGCGUCCUCUGAAUGUGAAGGAUGAAGCAGUCCGGCCCCGUGAGGCUGGCCCCGAGGAGAAGCCCCAGGAGUGACGCGGGGCGGGGGCACUUCCCCGGCGGGGCUCUGCUCGCUCGGGCCGGCCUGGGGCGGGGGCUGUUCCACAGGUGACCGGGCAGGAAACGUGACAUUCCGCGGAGACCCCGCCGGGACCCCCAGCCUCCGGGAGGAGCGUGGCGAUGCGUGCUCAUCUGAAUGUACCCUUUACCUCUGUGCCCGCGGGCCCAGCGACUCCGACCUCAGCUGCUCAAGGGACAGGCCCCACCCCCACGGCGAGGGCCAGGAGGGACCGGACGGGCGCGCGGGGCAGGAUUCCUGGGAAGAAGAAGCAGGCCAAGGCCCCACGGAUGGAGAGGGCCACCCCUCCCCCCGCUCCCUCCGCCCUCCCCCCCCCCCCCAGCAAUUGGAACUCAAAGUCAGGUGCUCGUUGGCGUGUUGUACAGCACGGAAGUGAAAUCAAAGAUGUAAAAGUCUAGAUUGUCGUUCCCCGCCCCGCCCCCCACCCAGGCGGAAGCUCGCUCGUGAGCUUGGAUGUCCUGCAGUGGCGUGGCGGGUGGGGUGGUGGGCACGUUUCUGUAACCCGAGACUCUUGACCUUGAUGAUGGAGUCUCCGCUACUUUGAUGUAUAUGAAACUUUUUGUUAAUACGUUGUAUGCCGCGGUUGGCCGGGUGAAGUAAACUAAAACUCUGAUGAACACUUCGGAGUCCGUUCGUGCAGGACCCAAGUGGGAGGGGCUUUAGGCCACGGAUGAGGCCUCGCGUGUACUUUCCAGUUCUGUGGAACGUUAAAUUCUUGCAGCUGAAUCAAAACAGUGUUAAAUUAUGGCAAUAUUUGCACCUUGGGAAUGACUACAGACCUGUACGAUCAUACUCUGCAAAUGCCACUUUUAAAGCUGUUCAUAGACCUUGCACCUUUUCUUUGACAAGGAUGUGUCAUAUUUAAAUUUUUACAUUCAUCACGGCUACAGGUAGAACCGGGGAGGGGGGGAAUGUAAUUUUUUUAUGGGAAUUUUGAUAUGAAAAGAAACUAGUCAUUUAUUUAUACAAUAGGCUUGGCUCAAAAAAAAGUGUUUUUUUCAGACUUGGUAUUCCUAAUGUGGGAUGUGACUUUUAUUUUAUUUUUAGUAGCAAAUUUGGAUGUAGACUGACAGACAUAGCUGAAUGUCUUAAUAAAUUUAAAUUUGAAGAUAA